AUGCAGCUGGACUGGUGUGGAGAGCUGGUAGCUGCUUCAGCAGUUGGUGAUGGGAGAUCAGAGUUUUUGAGAGUGGACCAAGAUAAAGACAGAGAAUGCAGCCUGGACUGUGCAGGUUCCCCUCAGAAAUCACUCUGUGCAUCUGAUGGAAGAACUUUUCUGUCCCGGUGUGAAUUUCAACGAGCAAAAUGCAAAGACCCUCAACUGGAAAUAGCCUACCGAGGCAAUUGCAAAGAUGUUUCCAGGUGUGUGGCUGAGAGGAAGUAUACCCAGGAACAAGCUCGCAAAGAAUUCCAGCAAGUGUUUAUCCCAGAAUGCAAUGAUGAUGGCACAUAUAGUCAGGUUCAGUGCCAUAGUUACACUGGAUACUGCUGGUGUGUCACUCCCAAUGGUCGUCCUAUCAGUGGUACUGCUGUGGCCCACAAAACUCCCCGCUGCCCAGGUUCAGUGAGUGAGAAGCUGCCACAACGAGAAGGUGCAGGCAAAACAGAUGAUGCCUCAGCUCCCGCACUGGAGACUCAGCCUCAAGGUGAUGAAGAAGAUAUAGCCUCUCGUUAUCCCACACUGUGGACUGAACAAGUAAAGAGCAGACAAAACAAAACCAAUAAAAGCUCAGCAUCGUCAUGUGAUCAAGAACUUCAGUCAGCCCUGGAGGAAGCUAAACAGCCCCAGAAAGACAAUGUGUUCAUUCCAGAGUGUGCUCAGGGUGGCCUCUACAAACCAGUGCAGUGCCAUCCUUCCACAGGCUACUGCUGGUGUGUUCUGGUGGAUACGGGACGUCCCAUCCCUGGUACAUCAACAAGGUAUGAACAACCUAAAUGUGAUAAUGGUGCCAGAGCUCACCCAACAAAAACAAAAGAUUUGUACAAAGGACGCCAGCUUCAAGGUUGUCCUGGGGCCAAGAAGAAUGAGUUCCUGACUAGUGUUUUGGAUGCAUUGUCCACAGAUAUGGUGCACGCAGUCUCUGAUCCAUCCUUGUCUUCUAGCCGGGUUUCAGAGCCUGAUCCAAAUCAUACUCUGGAAGAGAGAGUGGUCCAUUGGUAUUUCAAACAACUGGAUAAAAAUUCCAGUGGUGAUAUUGGCAAGAAAGAAAUCAAACCCUUUAAGAGAUUUCUGAGAAAGAAAUCAAAGCCCAAAAAAUGUGUGAAGAAGUUUGUGGAAUACUGCGAUGUGAACAACGAUAAGUCCCUGUCAGUUCAGGAAUUAAUGGGCUGCUUGGGAGUAACAAAAGAAGAAGGUAAAACAGAAACAAAGAAACGCCAUACCGCCCCUAAAACCAACACUGAGAGCACUUCGUCCAACAGGCAGCAGGUUUCUAAGAAGCAAGGGUGAACACCUCACUGAUCCAAGGCAGAUCUCUUUGACAUGUGGGAGAUUUCCUCACCAAAAGGCAAUAAAAACAACUGUAGUAUUUGCACUUUGUACUUAAAAAUGUAAAUUCACUUUGUAGAAAUGAAAUAUUUAAGCAGACUUUUUUUUAAUCUGUGAAAAUGUAAUGACUAGUUUUGAAAAAUUAUCACAUACAAUGUAUGUGUAUUCUUUUGUUAUCUGAAAUAUGUAAAACAUGUUGGAGAUGUAAAAGUUUGCAUUUAAAUAAUUUUUUAGAAAAUAACUUUUUGGUAAACAGUAGCAUAGAAACCUGAUUCUAUGUAUUUUGGUUUCAAUAGUAUGCCUCGUUUUUCUUAAAAAUAUCAUUUAACUAGAGUUAUGCAGAAAAAUCUACUGUAUUCUCAAUUUUUUCCAAAGAAGUGUUGAAAAUUUCAGGUUUGUAGGACUGAGAGAAUUAUAUAAAUUGCUGUUUACUUGGCUUUGCAGUUUUUAACUGAACAGGUUUUUCAUCGGUGGCAAUAUUUUGUUUUGGUUUUUUUUAUUGUAAUUAUUAGACUUUCCGAAGAUCAUGUAAUGAGAAUACAACCACUAAUGGAUUAAAAAAACCCAGUUAUUCUACUUGGGAUGCUUAUAGAAAAAUGUAUCCUUUUAUCCAUUUUUAAAGUUCCUUUUAUUAUAAGUUUUGGUAGGAUUUUUCUCCUAUUUGCUUUCACUUGGGUUAUUAGUACAGCAAACCAAAAAGUAGUAAGGUGGAUUAGAUCAUAAUGUAUCUCCAGUCUGGUUUGGCCUGGGACUAAGAGCAUAUUUCUGUGGUCAGUGAGAAGCAGGAGCAGAGUUUAUAUGGGUCAGAAUUUAAAUCUUACUAUACAGAUGGGGAACGACAAGCAGAUGGUUCAACCGUUUUUCCCCCUUCACCCUACCAACUCUUUAGCUUGCCUCAGGGUCCACUAGAGGUAAAGCUGAACAAAUUAUGAGCAGUUGUCCUCAGGAGGGGCUACUCACAUUGCCCCUCCCUGAGACUUCUUCCUUACUGUCUGAAAGAAGUUCUCACAAGUUUUCAUACUUUCUCUGU